AUGGAGUCAAGACUUGAGCAGCUUCUCAACAAAUUUGAAGCACUUGUCAAUAGAUUUGAAAAUGCCUAGGGUGGUUAAUCUGAUUCAACUGCUCCUUAAACCUCAGCUCCAGCUGGUAAUGCAUCAAGUGGGACUAAACUUACUAAGGAAUUUGAUGCUGAGAUCAAUCCAAAGAUUAAAUUGCUUGAAGAAGCUUCAGCUAAAUUAGGGGGUGAACUUAUCAAGACAAUUACUGACAAAUACAUCAGUACUGUUCUCUAGCAAAGAGAUAUAUUAGUAACAAUGAGCUAAGCUGCAAAGCCAGCUAAUUUGCAAUUCUUAAUUAAGCCUGUAUCAAAUGCGAAAAACGAUAUCAAGGCACUAAAGAACAAGGAUCCCAAACUUGGCAACCAUGUUCAAACAGUUGCAGAUGGAUUCGAUCUCUUUGCUUGGUUUGCUCAGACUGAUGUGAAGGAGUUCUUAGAUGAGAACUUGAAGAACAUCGAUUUCUACGGUUUCAAGGUCCUCCAACUCAAGCAGGAAAAUGAUUCUGCUUGGUAAAAAGCAUAUAAAGAACUAGCAAAAACUUUCUGUGACUUCGUAUCAACUAAUGCUGAUACUAUCUUAAACUGGACUGGCAAUGAUGCUAAUGCUGAAGAUGUUUUUAAUGCUUAACUAGGAAAGUCAGAAGCUAUUUUCAGAGGUAAAGGCCAAGUAGAAGAAGUUAAGAAUCAAGCUGUCAACCUUUUAGCAGAUAUCCAGGGUGGCAAGACCAUGAACUAGAACUUAGUGCAUGUUGAGAGAAAUGCCCACAAGAAGGGUGCUGAUGGCCCUCUCUAACCUAUUCCAAAGAAAGAGAUCGCACCAAAGACUGCUGCCGCAAAGGUAGAAGUAAAAAAAGAUCCAAAGACUGAGUUCACCAUGAACACCUACUAUAUUGUAAGAUCAAUCCAUUAAAACCAUAAAUAGUAAAAUUAUGGAAAAGAGACAUUGAAGUAUGAAGGAGAGCAAGUUGAAUCAAAUUAUGGUUUUGCUUUGAUCAAAUGCAAGGAUACUACUCUUCUGGUGGACGGCAAAUGCAAAAAUAUAAUGCUUGAAAACUGCCAAAAUGUAAGAGUAAUUGUAGACUCUUGUCUCUCUAUUGCUGAAGUUAUCAACUGCCAAAAAGCAACUAUAACGAUCAAGAAUUAGUAAUUAGAUUGUUUAUAAUUUUUAUCUAGAAUACCUCAAUUCUCUGUUGAGAGAAGUCAAGGAGUCUAAAUUUAUUUGUUUGAACCAGCUAAAAAUUGCAAAGUCCACACAACUUGCUCUCAAUCUGUAGUUCUUCACUACCCAAAGAUAAAUGGUACUGAAGAUGAUGAAUGGUUUGAUAUUGGUAUUGCUGAGACAUUCGUAACUGCAAUCAAAGAUGAUAGACUUAUCACGCAGGCCCUUGAAAGUGUUGAAUGA